AUGGAAGAAACUGAACUCUGCUUUCCACAACUCCUCAACUCCUCUUGUGUGCGGCAAAAGCGCCCACAAAUUGAGGCUGUGUGUAUUUACACCCUGCUAUCAUCUAUCUCUCUGCUUACUGCAGUACUGAACCUACUUGUCAUCAUCUCCAUCGCCCACUUCAAGCAGCUGCACACCCCAACCAACCUCCUCCUCCUCUCUCUGGCCGUCUCAGAUUUCUUCGUGGGCCUCAUCAUGGCUUUUGAGAUUAGCCUCCUAGAUGGCUGCUGGUUUCUUGGUGACCACAUGUGUGCUCUGUAUAGCAGUUUAGAUUACAUUGCUACUUCUGCUUCAGUAGGAACUAUGGUACUCAUAUCAGCUGACCGCUAUGUAGCCAUUUGCGACCCUCUGCAUUAUCCCACCAAAAUUACUAUAAAAAGAGUCUCAGUCUCUAUUUGUACUUGCUGGGCUUGUUCAAUUCUGUAUAACAGUCUUAUCAUGAAGGAUAAUUUCAAGCAGCCAGGGAGGUAUAAUUCUUGUUCUGGUGAUUGUGUAGUUGUCAUUGAUUACUUUGUGGGAAUUUUUGACUUUGUUUUGACCUUUGUCGGCCCUGUGAUUGUCAUCAUAGUUCUGUAUCUAAGAGUAUUUGUGGUGGCUGUGUCUCAGGCUCGGGCAAUGCGCUCUCAUAUCACUGCUCUCAGACUCCAGGGGUCAGAGACGGUGCAUGCUAAGAAAUCUGAGCUGAAAGCUGCCAGGACUCUUGGUGUACUUGUUAUUGCCUUUCUGAUAUGUCUUUUCCCAUUUUUCUGUUCCUCAAUGGUAGGCCAGAAUAGUUUCUUUGAUAUUAGAUCUGUACCUUUUGAGCUCUUGCUGUUCUAUUUUAACUCUUGUCUGAACCCAUUAAUCUACACUUUUUGCUACCCCUGGUUUCUGAAAUCUAUCAAGCUCAUUGUGACAUUUAAGAUAUUUAGGCAUGGCUCCAGUGAGGCCAGUAUACUAUAG